AUGGCGCCCAGCAAGAGGUGCCGACAAGGCAAUCAGCCGAAGCCGAAGCGGCUGAAAGGCUCAGAUGUUUCAGAUGCAACGGCUCAGCGCUGCGCCACGGUGGCCCAAGUCAUUUCCAAGGCAGAGCAGAUUCCGCAGGCUUGUCGAGCAAUGCUGAUAUCAGCAGUGCCUCUGGCGCUGGGCGUGCUGCCAGGAGAUCGCGACAAGCGUCAGGUCGCGCUUUCCAGCUUCAUCGGGGAGGUGCUGAAGGACUUGGAGGUCAGCCUCCUUGAGCGACUUUUGCAGGAGAAGUACGCAGCAAAAGAACAGGUCCUGCUGGCAGCGAGGCAGAGCCAAAAGACCGCCAGCACCGUCUCGUACAGGCUUAAAGAAGUUGAGCGUGCCGAGGAGCAACUGGCCAUGUGCCUCUCUGCCGAAGAGGCGGCCAGGAUCGAGAGCGAUGCCAUGCAAAAGUCAGCUGCAGAGGCAGAGGCGGCCCGCAGCACGGCUGAGGCCCAGCUUCUGGUGGGGCACAUGGAGCUGGACCUUUGCAGGUCAGCGACGACAAUCCUUCUGGCAGAGGUCAAGGAAGAGUUGCAGAUGCAGCCAGAGCAAAUUGCCAGGGUACAGAAGAUCUGCGACAACUUGGGCCUCGAGGAUUCCUUGCGCUGCACACUGCCGCUUGUGCUGCAGAAGCCGGCAGAAACCAGAUCCUUCUUGGAAAAGGCAGCCGCGCAGCUGAUCACGAAGGCUUUGCAGGCACACAUGGAAAAGCUCGGCAAGGAUCUCACCAGUGAGGAUGCCCAGAUCAACACCGAAGCAGCAACGGCAAGAGCGCAGGCCGCAGAGGCGGAGUCCAAGGCUGCAGUUGCUUCUUGGGCGAAAUCCGGGGAGGAUGUCAAGGCGGCCAAGGCGGCGGCCGAGGCGUGUCGUUGUCGUUUGGACCAAGCACGAGCAGAAGAGACACGGACCUUGGUAGAGUACCAAGACGCCAGCUCUGCAGGUGCAGAGACCAUGGAGUUGCUCCGGCAGCUGCGCAAGGGUGCUCUCCUGGCGUAUCAGAGCCUGGAAGGACCAGUUGUUCCCGUGAAGGCGGAGAACUUGGAGCGAAAGAUAGCAGACUUGGAGGAGAGCUGUCGGAUCGAAGUCCGAGAAGUGCGCAGAGCAACCGAAGCCGAAGCAGAGUUUGGAGCAGAGAUGCAGGCCGAAGGCGCAGAAGGGCCGCCUGCCGACGGUUUCGCAGAGGCGGCUGACGAGAGUGUGUGCGAUGCGGUCAUGACCGGGGACGAAGAGGGAGACACGCAAGCAGACGAGGAGAAAGCCCCCGAUGCGGAACACAGGAUCCCUGAAGCACAGGAAAGCGGACAGAUUGAAGCUCAAUCUACCACUUCUACAGAUGCGGCGGUGGACGAGUCUGCAUGCACCGGGCAGGCCGACCACGAGGCAGGCGCCGGCUCGCAGACCCUCGCUGCCGAGGGUGACGCCGAGGCAGCCUCAGCGCAGGAGUGCGCCACUGCGGCUGACGAGAGUGUGUGCGAUGCGGUCAUGACCGGGGACGAAGAGGGAGACACGCAAGCAGACGAGGAGAAAGCCCCCGAUGCGGAACACAGGAUCCCUGAAGCACAGGAAAGCGGACAGAUUGAAGCUCAAUCUACCGCUUCUACAGAUGCGGCGGUGGACGAGUCUGCAUGCACCGGGCAGGCCGACCACGAGGAAGGCGCGGGCUCGCAGACCCUCGCUGCCGAGGGUGACGCCGAGGCAGCCUCAGCGCAGGAGUGCGCCACUGCGGCUGACGAGAGUGUGUGCGAUGCGGUCAAGAUCGGGGACGAAGAGGGAGACACGCAAGCAGACGAGGAGAAAGCCCCCGAUGCGGAACACAGGAUCCCUGAAGCACAGGAAAGCGGACAGAUUGAAGCUCAAUCUACCGCUUCUACUUAUGCGGCGGUUGACGAGUCUGCAUGCACCGGGCAGGCCGACCACGAGGAAGGCGCCGGCUCGCAGACCCUCGCUGCCGAGGGUGACGCCGAGGCAGCCUCAGCGCAGGAGUGCGCCACUGCGGCUGACGAGAGUGUGUGCGAUGCGGUCAUGACCGGGGACGAAGAGACGGCCUUGGGAGACACGCAAGCAGACGAGGCCGACGACGCCGACCGAGACGACACUCUCAUGGCUGACGCAGAGGAGACAGGGAGGGCACGCUCGGUCUUCAGCUUUGGCCUCGCAACUAUGCUUCUGACUUUGUCCGGAUGCAGCGAGGCACCCGAAGCCGAAGCUGAGCGACAAUGA